AUGUCUGACGUAUCGAGCACGUUUCCCUGGGCAACGGUGGAUGCGGCGCUGGCGCACGGCGAUGCAAGUGGUGCUGCUGCCACCGCAUUAGAGGGCUUGCGUGCUUCUCCGUUCGACAGACGCGAGCAGUUCUUCUCUCAGUUAUCUUUGGCGCUCCUACCCCGUGCACGUGCGCCAGAGACCGCUAGCUGUGUCGCGGAGGCAUGCGAGGCACUCUGGGGAAUGCCGGAGUUCCGCUCAAAUCGGACAUCCGCCUCCAGCGUGACGGGCGAAGCGCUGCUGCUUGCGGUGGUUUUGGCGACGGCCUACACAACGGUUGACAAGCUCGAAAAAGCGAUUGCAUUCGAUGCGGCGGUUCUGCAGUCCUCUGCAUUUUUCACGUACGAAGGACUCACCCCGCUGGAGCGCCUGGCCUGCGUCGCCCGCGUCCUGAAGGCUUCGCGAAUCACCGCGGACCCGCGUCACACGGACUCGGCGGUGCAGAAGGGAAUGUCGCUCUACCACGGGAUCGCCGACCGGGCGCGUUACGAAAGCGGUGACGACGAGGUACAACGCCAUCGCCACGCGGUUGUGUGCACCUACCUCCUCGAGCUCGGCUUGUAUCGCCAAGAACGCCACGAUUACCUGCGUGCCUUUCAGUCCUUUUUUGCCCUGCACGAAAACAGAGAAGACGCGGUGGUGCUUCAGCGCUCUGCACUCUGUGCUUUGUGCGUUCGCGCGAGUGAGGCAGAGAGGCAGGCAGCGCUGUACAGCGUCACGCUGCGCGGCAAAGACGCUUUUCUCACACCGUCGCUGUACCAUUACGUGCAGGUGGCAUACAAUGGCCAGCUUUUUAGCGCUGCUGACGUGGAGGGCGUCUUGGCAACUGCCGGGCCCUACUUGCCACAAUCGAUUCUUCGCAGCGCUCUGCGCGAACACAACAUCAUCAUUCUCGCCAAGACAUUCGAGUGUGUGCACUGGCGCUCCCUCUGCGUGCACAUGGAUGACGAGGGCAUCACAGAGGGUGAGUUGUACGACCUUCUCGUGUCUAUGGUGCAGGCACAACGAGUCAGCGCUGCAAUUUAUCAGGACACCGGCUUCAUUGAAUUUACCAACACCGCCAAGGCACACGCGCAAAUCACCGACACCGACGCAUUCAACCGCAUUUCAGCGGCAGCGACGGCAAUCGGCAAGGCACGCCCUGAGCUGCUGCUAGUCUGA